UCGCAUUUCUUUCGGCCGGCUCUCCUGCCUCCCUCUGAAUCGCCGAGAUUCCGGCGGCGGGUUUCCGGUCUCCGGAUUCUGAACUCCAUUAGAAGGACUCGGCCGACUCGGAGGCCGUGCUCGGUUGUGGUGAGUCUGAUCACCCGCCCUGAUUCGUUCGAGGUUGGGAGACUUACCGGAGCCAUGGGUUCGUGAAUGUGAUCUGAGCGGUCGAAAGCCAUUCCUAACAACAAUCUGAUUGAUACUUGUUGGCGGGUUUCAGACACAAACAUGAGAGCUGGUCUGGCCUAUGACUUAAGGCGCAAAAACCGUAACUUUUCAGAUGUCAUGAUGAUGGGAAAUGCAGAAGCUGCAACCGAGAAAACAUCGAGGAGGAUGGGAUCCAUAGUGAGCAAGAGCGGGGUAAAUGAAAGGCUUUCUUGCUUGGAGGAAAGAGUUGGUCCUUUUGGGUUUAUCAGUGGCACUUUGGAGAUGGAUUCUUCUUUCUCUGCAAGAAGCAAAUUCAGAAACUCAGAUCGGGGGGGCAAAAAACCCAACCUGGAUCCGAUUCGGAAAAACGGGUCGGAGCCGGUGUUUCUCACUCGCGGCUCAUGUGGCGAUUUGCCGACGGGAUGCUUCGUAGCUUGAAUUUCAGGUUCUGAAUCACAAUAUUGGCAACAAUGUCGCCUUUGCCCCGAGGAUCAAUGGAGAAUUCGUCAAUGAAGGAGACAAGCAUCUCUCUUCGUCCGAUUAUAUGCUAUCGACCUAUAAACCCUUCUGAUCUGGAGCGUCUGGAGCAAAUCCAUCGUGAUAUAUUCCCAGUCAGGUAUGAGUCUGAGUUUUUUCAGAGUGUCGUGAGCGGAUGUGAUAUCGUUUCUUGGGCUGCCGUCGAUCGGAGCCGACCUGAUGGACACUGUGAUGAACUGAUUGGAUUUGUUACCGCCAAGAUUAUGCUCGCGAGAGAAAGCGAGAUAGCAGAUCUAAUUCGGUAUGACUCGACAAAGGGAGAGGAGACAUUGGUGUACAUCCUGACACUUGGAGUUGUAGAGACGUAUAGGAAUCUCGGCAUAGCAUCUUCCCUAAUCAAAGAGGUCAUCAAAUAUGCUUCCGGCAUCCCUACAUGCCGCGGAGCUUACCUUCAUGUGAUUGCUCACAACAAUCCCGCCAUCCGUUUGUACAAAAGAAUGUCCUUCAGAUGUGUCCAGAGGUUACAUGGCUUUUAUCUCAUCAAUGGUCAGCAUUUUGAUGCCUACUUGUUCGUCUACUUCAUCAAUGGCGCUCUCACCCCUUGCUCACCCUUAGAGGUGGUGAUGGUGGCAGUGAAUUACAUGAGAAGAGGGAUCAAAUCGGUGGCCUCCAAGCUGACAACGAAGAACAACGAAGAGAGAGGCCUGAAAUGGAUAAAAUGCAAAGACACGCGAUGCCUCUUGCCUACACAAACCAACAAACGAAACCUUUCAUCCGACCGUUCAUCCGACCGUUCAUGCGUCUGAUGAUACCGGAGCUCAAACUAUGUCUGUUUGUGGUUGUGAUUAUUCUAUUGUGAACUCUGUAAUAAAAACACGUCCAAAAUGUAGAUAGCCUUUUGUUCAUAGGAGCUUACUUCUGGAAUUUGAUGCAUUAUACUUUGGAUGAUAUUAUCUUUCUUUUGGUCGGAUACUAUACGUAGGCAGAUACGAAGUACACGUCUUUUUCUUGACUAAUAUUUUUUUUCUAUUUUA